AUGAGAAGUAUUAAAGCUGUCGUUGUAGGAGAUGGAGGUGUUGGUAAAACUUGUUUGUUAAUCAGUUACACCACCAACACUUUCCCUAAUGAUUAUAUUCCUACUGUUUUUGAUAACUAUAGUGCAUCAGUAAUGAUCGAUGGUGAACCUAUUAAAUUAGGACUUUGGGAUACCGCUGGACAAUCAGAAUAUGAUAGAUUAAGACCUUUAAGUUAUCCACAAACAGAAAUCUUCUUAUGUUGUUUCUCCGUCAUAAGUCCAGAUUCAUUUUAUAAUAUCAAAUCCAAAUGGAUACCUGAAUUAUUACACCAUUCCCCAAAAGACAUUUUAAUUUUAAUAAUCGGUACCAAAAUUGAUUUAAGAGAAGACUUACAUAUUUUAGAUGAUUUGAGUGAAAAGAAUUUAUCGCCAAUAACUUUUGAACAAGGAAGUAAAUUAGCUAAAGAAGUUGGUGCUAUAAAAUAUUUAGAAUGUUCAGCUGCUACUCAACAAGGGGUUAAAGAAAUUUUUGAUUUUACUAUCAGAUCAGUUUUAGAUCCUCCAACAAAAGAAGUUCCUCAACAAGCGGUUUCCAAAGCUCCAACUACAAGUACUCAAAAGAAGAGGCCCGUUAGAAAAGCCAAAAAAUGUAAUAUCUUAUAA